CUGCUGUUUGUCCCUCUUCACCCACCGUAGCUAAGCACAAGUAUGGCGGAUUGAGACACCUGUUUUGAUUGUGUAAAUAGUACAAUUCUCCAUUUGUAAAGCACCUCUUAUUUCAAAAGUCGUAGUUUUCUAAACCAAUAACUACAUCGCUUUCCAGACCGUCAUGCCGUCCGCCUGUGACUCUCUGAUUGACGACAUUGAGGACAUGGUGUCCUCCAGCGACCCUACUCCUCACGAGCGACAAUCUGCUCGAAAGAGCAUCAUCCCGAGGUCCAGGAAGAAAAAUGAGCUUCUGAGCCAUGAGGAGCUCCAAGCUGACAGUUUGAUCCCUGGCACCCAAAAGAUCUGGAUGAAAACGUGGGGCUGCAGUCACAACAACUCAGAUGGAGAGUACAUGGCCGGACAGCUCGCUGCCAGCGGAUACACGAUGACUGAUGACCCGUCAGACGCAGACCUCUGGGUGCUCAACAGCUGCACAGUGAAGAACCCUGCUGAGGACCACUUCAGAAACUCCAUCAAAAAAGCCCAGGAUCAGCAGAAAAAGGUGGUUCUAGCAGGCUGUGUCCCUCAGGCUCAGCCACGCAUGGACUACCUCAAAGGACUCAGCAUCAUCGGGGUCCAACAGAUUGAUCGAGUGGUGGAAGUUGUGGACGAGGCUGUUAAAGGUCACUCGGUUCGUCUUUUGGGUCAGAAGAAAGAUGGAGGCCGUAGGCUCGGAGGCGCUAGACUGGACCUGCCAAAGAUCAGGAAGAAUCCUCUUAUUGAAAUCAUCUCCAUCAACACCGGGUGUCUGAAUGCAUGCACCUACUGCAAGACCAAGCAUGCCAGAGGAGACCUAGCCAGCUAUCCCAUUGAGGAUCUAGUGGAGAGAGCCAGACAGUCGUUCCGGGAGGGGGUUUGUGAGAUCUGGUUGACCAGCGAAGACACCGGAGCGUAUGGAAGGGACAUAGGGACAGACCUGCCCACGUUGCUGUGGAGAUUGGUGGAGGAGAUUCCUGAAGGAGCCAUGCUGAGGCUGGGGAUGACCAACCCACCGUACAUCCUGGAACAUCUGGAGGAGAUGGCGAUGAUAUUGAAUCAUCCGCGCGUCUAUGCCUUCCUUCACGUUCCUGUGCAAUCGGCCUCAGACAGCGUGCUGAUGGACAUGAAGAGAGAGUACUGCGUCGACGACUUCAAGAAAGUGGUGGACUUCCUCAAAGCCAGGGUCCCGGGUGUAACCAUUGCUACAGAUUUAAUCUGCGGUUUUCCUGGUGAGACGGAGAAAGACUUCCAAGAGACCGUAGACCUGGUGACCCUUUAUCGAUUCCCCAGUCUCUUCAUCAACCAGUUCUACCCCAGACCCGGAACACCUGCUGCCAGGAUGGAGCAAGUAGCAGCGCAUGUGAAGAAGCAGAGGACUAAAGAGCUGUCACAACUAUUCCACUCGUACAACCCCUAUGACCACAAGGUGGGGGAGAGGCAGCGCGUGCUGGUGACGGAGGAAUCAUUUGAUGCUCAAUACUAUGUGUCUCACAACAAGUUCUACGAACAGGUGCUGGUGCCAAAGAGGGCAGAGUUCAAAGGGAAGAUGAUUGAGGUGGACAUCUACGAGGCGGGAAAGCACUUCCUGAAAGGCCGACCCGUAGAAGACAGUAAGCCCUUCACUGCGUCCAUUGCCAAACCGCUUCAGAAGGGAGAGGUGUCCGGCUUGAUGCAGGAGGAGGGUGAAGAGAAGAGCAAGACCGUUGUCAUUGGUGAUCCAUGGAGAGAGAAAAAGGGAGAAGGAACCGGCUGUGAAUGGAAUCCACGAGCCUUCAUCAUCCACGCCCUCUUCAUCUGUUUUGUUGAUCGGCUCCUACAGCCUAGAAAGGGAAGUACUGAAGAAGCUGGCAGUUGCGCUCACUCUGGCAGCAGCCAUCUUGGCCUUCGUCAUAGAGAAAGUGUACUGAUGGCGUUACUGCAAACAAGGAGAGGUGGGACGGUGACCCAAUAGGAGCCUGCGCCAUAUGGUCUAAGAGUGUGAAAACAGUGAUAUCUCGUGUGCCCUCACCACAUGCUGCACGUGCUCUCAUUCGGUGGUGAAUGGACCCAAAGAAGAAAAAGAAGCGAGAUUGGUGGUAACACGCAAGUAACACCUACAGUCGAAUGAGAGGAAAAAGUGACUUCACGGUCAUUGAAGGAGGCAAAGCCAGUCUUUACACACCUAGCAGACACCUUUUAUACAACUAUUGGUUUUAAUAUUCAUUUACAGUUCAUAUUCUGUCUCAUAUUUUGAUGAAAGUGACUUUUCAGCACGCUGAGUUGCGUUGGUGUUUAGAAUGCAGGUGCCCAUCCUAGAUGUAACUGUUGGACGAUGCCCAGAGCUGUGAUUGAUGCUCGUUAUAGAUCCUUCAUCAGCACACACCCGAUAUGAUCUAUCGUACAGCAGGUGAUGGCCACCUCUGAGGAUUGUGUCGGUACAAAGUGUUUGCAGUGCUAGACCUCACUAGACGGGAAGGUGGACCUUUCUUCUCUUCCUUGUAAGUCAGGUGAUCCCACCCUGAAAUGCAAUAUCUUGUUGAUAUGUGAACUACUUGUUGUUGACAUAGUCCGAGUCAUUAAGACAGAUGUUUUUUUUUGUUUAAACUGUUUAAUAAAGAUUAAUAAAACUCUA